UUUAGCAACCAACAAUAAACAGCACAGAUCGUACGGUCUAAUCUAUGGCUACGCUAGCCAGUGUAUGAACGAACCUAUCAAACCAACAAACAGCAUGAGAUUUCGACUGAACUAAGAUUUCAAGGAAGGUAUACCAAUCUUCGAGUGCUAAGACGCACACUCCUGAUAUACACCAGCCAUAAUGUCUUGCGAUAUUUCGGACUACAAAUGCGCCGAUAAGGGGCUCAUCCUGCCUCUUACAAACGAGUACACAUGGAGCAUCGGGUUCCGGGCGUUUGUGUACAUUGUUGGCUUACUGUACAGCUUCAUGGGUGUGUCCAUCAUAGCCGACAUCUUCAUGCAAGCUAUCGAGACCAUCACCAGUCGCAGCGCCAAAAUCAAGAUGCCUGAUCCUUCAAACGAGACCGGCUACACUGAAGUGGAAGUAAAAACGUGGAAUGGAACAGUUGCCAAUCUCACACUCAUGGCGCUUGGGUCUAGUGCGCCAGAAAUUCUCUUGUCCAUCAUUGAAAUAGUUGGAAAUGGGUUCCAAUCAGGACCAUUGGGUCCCAGUACAAUCGUGGGUUCUGCUGCCUUCAACUUGAUGUGUAUAACUGGUAUAUGCAUAAUAAGUAUUCCUGACGGGAUUGCUAAGCGCAUUCGGAACAUCAAGGUGUUCGCUGUAACUUCUAUAUUUAGUGUUUUCGCAUAUAUUUGGCUGGCCAUCAUUUUGAUGGUUAUAACACCUGAUUUCGUCGACUUAUGGGAAGCCAUCGUAACAUUACUCCUCUUCCCUAUCAUGGUCCUCUUGGCAUACAUUGCUGACAAAGACUACUGUGGCAAGAAACCAAUUGAUGACGAAAGCAAGCUGCUAGAAUUAGAUGAAGAAAAUCUUCUUAACGGAGACCAUGCUGAUAAACAUGUCAUCGUCGAAAUUCUCAGGAGGCUGAAGCGCGAGAAGGAAGCCACUCCAGACGAUAUGGCUCGGCUUACGGCCCAUCUGAUGGAGCAGAACCAGUCACACGGACGCGGUUGGUACAGGAUCAAUGCUAUCCGAAAUCUCUCUGGAGGAACAAAACUUACAACGACAAUGACCGGCAAAACUAACGAGCUACUGGAGACCUUGCUGAUUGAGGACCAGAUGGGCUCAACAGCAUCAUUUACAUCCAUGAGUGACGGUGGCACAAAGGCCAUCAUUGAGUUUGCAGCACCAUCUACAGCUGUUUUCGAAAAAGAUGGUCAUGCACGUAUCACUGUGAUGCGACAUGGCAAUCUUAAAAACCGCGUACUUUAUAGGGUGGAGACAAUAGACGGGACGGCUGUGGAGGGAGAGGAUUACAUUUCCUUUAAGGACACGCUGGUGUUUGAGCCCAACGAGACAGAGAAACACAUCGACAUUCAGAUUAUCGACGACAACAUCUGGGAACCAGAUGAGGUGUUCUUCGGCAGAAUUACCAUCGAUUCCGAAAAACAGAACGCAGUAGUUGGCAGAAGGGCGAUAACUGAGAUUGUUAUACUCAACGACGACGACCCAGGCGUAUUGGAGUUUGAACACCCAAGUUUCCUGUUCAAGGAGAGUGUAGGAACAGCACUGGUCCCGGUGAACAGGAUAGACGGAGCUGAUGGUAAGGUCACAAUCACAUGGAAAACCAAGGACAUGACAGCCAUUCACGGCAGGGACUACGAAAACACUGAAGGGACACUCACCUUUGACCAUGGAGAGAGGACAAAGUUCAUUGAAAUUCAAAUUAACGAUGAUAAGGUAAGAGUUCUGAAUUAUUUUUACAUCAUAGAAUUUAGUGGUCUUGUCAGCCGAAUCACCAGCCUGACCAACGCCAACCUAGACUCGCUUCGUCUUCAGAAACAAACGUGGGGACAGCAGUUUGUAGAGGCCAUGAACGUCAAUGGAGGAGAUUUGGAAACUGCAACCACAUUUGAUUAUGUCAUGCACUUUUUAACCUUCGGCUGGAAGCUCAUCUUUGCUCUCGUACCACCAGCCACAAUCUGGGGAGGAUGGUUCUGUUUUGCUGUAUCCUUGGGGAUGAUUGGAUUACUGACAGCCUUCAUUGGAGAUCUUGCCUCUAUCUUCGGGUGCCUCAUUGGUUUGGACGACAGCGUCGUAGCCAUUACCUUCGUUGCUCUGGGAACCAGUCUGCCAGACAUGUUUGCUAGUCGCACAGCAGCGCUGAAUGAAAAAUAUGCCGAUACGGCAGUUGGAAACGUCACCGGAAGUAACGCCGUAAACGUUUUCCUAGGUCUCGGCUUGCCGUGGACAAUGGCUGCUGUCUACUGGUCAGCAAAGGGGACCACGUUUGAAGUGCCUGCUGGAUCACUGGGAUUCAGCGUGAUCGUCUUCACCAUCUGCUCCCUUGUGACCAUCAUGUUCUUACUAUUCAGACGCAACUUGAACGUGUUUGGAAGUGCGGAACUCGGAGGUCCUAAAAUCCCCAAAAUAUUAUCGGGCAUAUUUUGCAUUGCGCUGUGGGUCGUAUAUGUAUUGCUUGCUUCAUUAAAUGCAUACGAACACAUCCCCGGGUUUUAAGCGAGCAUAAUAAGGACAUUAGAAUAGAAUCUUAGUAUUUUUUUAUGGAUAUGAACAUUUGCUUCACGAGAGUGAUGGUAAGAUUGACAAAUAAGACUGAUUUAGGAUUUAGAAUAUCAAACAACAAUCUUUCAGAAUGUUCAUGCCGUCGAUGAUUUUGGUUAAGACGGUGGCUUUCCACAAAGAACUAGAGGCAUACCAAAGUAAGGAACACUGUCAGAUUAUGUACACAGAUACGGUAUACCAGAAAGCCUGUCGAAAUCAAACUUCCAGGUUUGGACACGAAACAAAAUUACCUUUGACAUCGAAAACAAGUCAAUCCAUCAUGUAACUUGUCAUUUGAGUAAUUUAAUAAAUACAGCUUCGUUUGCAUGUGUUUCACAUGUAUAGUUGACUAAUGUUAGAGUGUCUCUUAUAAAACGUAUGUGAGAGGGUAACUGACAUUGUGCUGAUGUAAAAAGGUCACAGAUAAUGGAUUGUUAUGAGAGAAUUAAAACACUUGACUGGUGUGAGAGAACUGAAGACAUUUGAUUGACAUGGAAGAAUUGUAGACAUUUGACUGAUGUGAGGGGGUAACCGACAUUUGACUGAUGUGAGGGGGCAACAGACAUUUGACUGAUGUGAGGGGGGUAACAGACAUUUGACUGAUGUGAGGGUAACAGUCAUUUGACUGAUGUGAGAGGGUAAGAGACAUUUGACUGAUGUGAGGGGUAACAGACAUUGGACUGAUGUGAGGGGGUAACAGACAUUGGACUGAUGUGAGGGGUAACAGAUAUUAGAGUGGCGUGAGUGGAUUAAAGACAUUGGACUGACGUAUGAAGGUCAUCGACAUUGAACUGAUGUGAGGUCACUCACAUAGGACUGUUGUGACCUAAGGUACGUUUGUCACUGCCAGACUGUGAUAUGAUUAUGUGACGUCUCCCAAGACUUCCGUCCAUUAACUUGUAACUAUUUUAAUUAAGCACGAUAUGAGAUAGAAACCUACCAAAGAACUAAUAUUUUUAGGAUUAAUAUCGUAACACUCGUAUAGGAUCAUGGAAGGACAACACAGAAGUUUGUCAAUUUAGCCAAUAUUUAUAUAACGAGACGAUUAAAUGUAUUAUGUUAAGACUUAUAUGUAUCAUCUAACUAUUGAUACUACAAAGAGAGAACAUACAACGUUAAUUUUGGUUAAAAAAAUAUCAAAAUAAUAAUAGCUGUUUUUUUCCAUUCCAUGAUCCGAUACUAUUUUAACUGGCCACAAUAUAAGUAAAAUAAUUCAGGAUAGCACUUUUCUCUCCUUUGUUUUCUGUAUAUAGUUAUACUUGUAUUUGCAUCGUAUGUUUUUGUGAAUGCUACUUUAUCAAUAUAAUAACGUUUUUGUUAUGAUUUAAUUAGGCUGACAAUAGCAUUUCUUUUUGAACGUACCGAUAAUAAAUAAUGAUGUUUGUGUUUUGACAACAUGAACGGAGUUGUCUUAUUUUGUAUAUUAUUUUGUGGACGUUGUCUUCAAAAGAAGCUUGCCUUUUGUAUAUUGUGUACUAAAAGUUUUUUAAUCAAAUGAAACGAAAACUUCACAUUCACAUUCGUAACAGGCAAUCCAUAUAUUCUUUUGAUUUUCAUGCGAAUAGAACAAAGAUUGAACUAUUAUAUUUACUGUGAUUUUGAGAAUGCUAGCUCGAGUGGAAGGGUAUAUGUGCAAAAGAAUGAUUGAAAGGAUGAACUUCUCAAUCAUAAUUGAUAGACAUAGAACAGCUAUAGAAAGAAAAACAUAAUUUUGUAGCCUAUUAGUUACAUUUCAGCCACUGUUGUAGGAUUUGUUUAAGAAAUUUCAUUUACUCUAGUAAAAUCUUCAAACGGCGAAAAUUAUGAAAGCGGUUUUUUUUUGUUUUUUUUUUCAAACCGGGUUUAUCAAUCAGAGAAAAUUGAAUUAGAUCAAUUGUUACCUGGGAGUGAUUGUCAAUAUAUAAGGCUGUUUUAUUUACACUGAGUCUUAAUAAAAAAACAACUAGAUACGUUAAAAUACGUCCAGCUAAUCAUAAUGUGCUAAGCCGUAAAUUAUUAUUAUUAUUUUCCCAAAGUCACAUUACAUAAGAAAAGCUAACUCAGGGUCUUGAUCUCGCACAGUGCACUGUUUGUUUUUAUUUAGAAUAGAAUAAUGCUAAAAUCUAUACAUCGAUUCAGUUAUUUUUUUCUUAUUGUUUUCUUUUAUUAGUGCUAUAUUUUUUAUAAAAAAUACAAGGUUGGAAACCUUAAAGUAUUUAUUUUUUAUUUUGACCAAUGCAUACCACAAUAGAGUGCACUCAUAUAUCAAGUACUAAUUUUCCUUCAUAUCAUUUGUUUAAAGUAGUUUGAUGAACUGCUUAUAUCAUCAUGUUAUUGUUUUCGGAAAGCGUCUGUGAUAUACAAUUAACAAAAUGUAGCAGUAUUUUAAACUUUAUUUACAUUAUAUGAAUGUUUGUACAACUUUGAUAUCUGACAAUGUAGAGAAAUAUUAAAAAUCAUGGCCAGG